AUGCAAACUCACUCUUUCUCUUGCAUAUCCUCUUGCUUAGAAGCUGACAUUGAUGAAGAGUCAAUAUCACUCUCCCUUGGCCUUCCUGGCCAGCACAAAUCCAAAAUCUCUACCCCAAACCACUCUCCUACUAUUAUACAUAGCCACAAAAACCCUACCUCUGAUAAUGACCAGAGAUCAGGUGUAACAGUUGCCCUCCACACUGCACCAACUACCACCACCGUUACCAAACCUGACCAUUCCUCUUCCCCUCCGAUUCAGGGUCAGUAUUGGAUCCCUACUCCUGCACAAAUCCUUAUUGGACCCACCCAAUUUUCUUGCACUGUCUGCAACAAAACUUUCAACCGUUUCAACAACAUGCAGAUGCAUAUGUGGGGACAUGGAUCACAGUAUAGGAAAGGAUCUGAGUCAUUGAGAGGGUCGAAACCAGCUUCUUCAAUGCUGAGGCUACCCUGCUAUUGCUGUGCUGAGGGUUGCAAGAACAACAUAAAUUAUCCAAGGUCAAGGCCACUGAAGGAUUUCAGGACCCUCCAAACACACUAUAGGAGGAAGCAUGGAGGGAAGCCAUUCGAGUGCAGCAAGUGUCGGAAGCCAUUUGCGGUGAGAGGAGAUUGGAGGACACACGAGAAGAAUUGUGGGAAGCUUUGGUUCUGCAUCUGUGGUUCUGAUUUCAAGCAUAAGAGAUCUCUUAAAGAUCAUGUUCUUGCUUUCGGGAAUGGCCACGCUACACACACCUUGGAGUCGUUGAGUUGUGAUCAUGAUCAUGAAGAACAACAACAAGGUGAAGAUGGUAACAGUGAAGUGAGUGAAAAGGAGUGCGAGAAGACGGAGACAAACAUUGGAAUGAAAGCUAAGGUUCUUGCAUUAAAUGCUUGA